AUGAAGAGGACCGCGCUACGAUUCGCUGGCACCACAACUGCCACGGCACGUCCUGCCACUGUGGGCCUUCGCCACCUCCGUGCUCGCGGGCUGAGCUCGUCGGUUACGAGCGGCGAGGAGGCCUGGGCCGAGCACCAGAAGGGCCUGCGCCGGCUGCCCGUGCCCAGUCUCGAGGAGACGGUGGCCCGGUACGCCGAGUACGUGGCGCCGCUGGUCUCCGAGGCCGAGGCGGCCCACGCACGCGCGCUGGCCGAGGAGUUCGCCCGCGGCGAGGGACGCGCGCUGCAGUCCGAACUGCUGGCGCUCGACCGCGAGUCGCCCACGAGCUGGCUCGAGGGCUGGUGGGACACCAUGUACCUCACCAUCCGCGACCCUCUGCCCGUCAACGUCAACCCGUUCUUCAUCAUGCAGGACGACCCGGAGCGUCGGUCGCAGGUGGCCCGGGCGGCGGGCCUGGCCAACGCGUGCGCCAAGUUCCAGCGGCUGGUGCGCACGGGCCAGCUGAAGCCCGACAUGGAAAAGACGACGCCCCUCGACAUGUCGCAGUACACCAAGCUCUUCGCCGCCGCCCGCAUUCCCCGUGCCUCCCGCGACGAGAUGGUCUACCACCCCGACUCCAGACACAUGGCGGUGCUGUCGCACAACCACUUCUACACGGUGGAGAUCAUCACCGAGGAUGGCAGCGUGGUGCCCGAGAAGGACAUCCAGCGCCAGCUUCAGCAGAUCCUCAACGAGUCCGCGCCCUCGGGCACCCGCGAGCCGGGUCUCGGCGUACUUACCGCCGACUGGAGGUCUCCGGACUCGUGGGCCAGCGUGCGAUCGGAGCUGAUCUCGUCGCACGGCGACAACAAGCACGCGCUGGAGAAGAUCGAUUCGGCCCUCUUCGUGCUGGUGCUCGAGCCCGAGGCCCCCGCCAAGGGUGACGACAUCGCCAAGGUCUUCCUCCACGGCGACAUGCGACAGCGGUGGUUCGACAAGCUGCAGAACGAGAAGAUCCCGAUCACGGUGUCGUCCUUCCAGAGGCAGGCCCUCCCCUACGCCCGCGCGUUGGAGAAGAGUCUCCUCGAGAUGCGCGACGUGCUCGACGCCUCCACCACCUCCACCUCGGCCUGA